UUUAUUUUAUUUCAGGUAUCUAUCAACAGGAGACUCAUUCCGAUCAAUAGCUUUCAGCUACAGGGUGGGUUACUGCACAGUGGCAAGAAUUGUAAAAGAUGUGUGUGAGGCAAUAUGGUCUGGCAUGGUCCAGGAAUACAUGCCUUUCCCUGAACAACACCACUGGAAGAAGAUCGCUGAAGACUUCCAUAGGCUAUGGAACUUCCCCAACUGCCUGGGAGCAAUUGAUGGGAAGCAUGUUGCAAUACAGGCCCCAUCAUCAACAGGGUCCAUGUAUUACAAUUACAAAGGGAGCUUCUCCAUCGUCCUCCUAGCAGUAGUUGAUGCCAGGUACCUUUUCCGGAUGGUGGAUGUGGGGGCAUAUGGGAAAAGCAGUGAUGGUGGGACCCUCUGUGCCUCUGACUUUGGUAAGGCCCUCCACCAGGGGACCCUUGACCUGCCAGAGGAUGCACCUUUACCAGGAGCAGAAGACCUCCAACCUGUGCCACAUGUAUUUGUGGGUGAUGAGGCUUUUCCUCUGAAGAAGAACCUUCUCCGACCCUAUCCAGGAAAACACCUUGACAGGGAGAAGCGUGUGUUCAAUUACCGUCUUUCCCGUGCAAGGAGGAUGGUGGAGUGCACAUUUGGGAUCCUUGCUGCUCAAUGGAGACUCUACCACAGAGUGCUUGGUGUCUCACCAAAAGUUGCUGAUGCAGUGGUGAAGUCCACUUACAUCCUUCACAAUUUCCUUCGCUUUGAGGAUGCUGGUGAAGUUGUGCCCCCCUGCCAUCCCAUCAGCAGCUAG